AUGGAUUUAUGCAGAGCUUUGAUAUCAGCUAAUAUACCGCUGAACAAAUUACAAAAUACAGAGUUUCGUCAAUUCUUAAAAUUAUAUACUCAAAAAGACGUCCCCACUGAAUCGACGCUUAGAAAGUUCUAUCUUGAUGAUUGUUACGAGGAAAUGAUGAAAAACAUUAGACAACGUGUGUUUUUAAAAAAAAAUUGGAUAUCAUCGAUGAAACGACUGACGCUGAGGGAAGACAAAUUGCAAAUGCAAUAA